AUGUCCCCUACAAGCAUGACAACAUUUGAAUCAUCUACACUUGAAAGUGGUUCAACACUGGAAACUACAUUAUCCACAACAGGUACCUCUCCAUCUUCACCAUCUACUACAACAGAAGCACAAAGUACAUCAGAACUGAUUUCAUCAACAGCAGAAAUACCUACAUCCAGCGUAAAGCAAACAACAAGCCAGCAAACACAAACCAUUCAGUUUAGUUCUACCACAGAAACAGAACCUACAACAGCUCAAUCAGCAUUUACAACAGUUAUGACCGCUAUGAGCACGUCCACAUUAGAAUCAUCUACACUUGAAAGUGGUUCAACACUGGAAACUACAUUAUCCACAACAGGUACCUCUCCAUCUUCACCAUCUACUACAACAGAAGGACAAAUUAUGACCGCUAUGAGCACGUCCACAUUAGAAUCAUCUACACUUGAAAGUGGUUCAACACUGGAAACUACAUUAUCCACAACAGGUACCUCUCCAUCUUCACCAUCUACUACAACAGAAGGACAAAGUACAUCAGAAUUCACUUCAUCAACAACAGAAAUACCUACUUCCAGUGUAGAGCAAACAACAAGCCAGCAAACACAAACCACUCAGUUUAGUUCUACCACAGAAACAGAACCUACAACAGCUCAAUCAGCAUUUACAACAGUUAUGACCGCUAUGAGCACGUCCACAUUAGAAUCAUCUACACUUGAAAGUGGUUCAACACUGGAAACUACAUUAUCCACAACAGGUACCUCUCCAUCUUCACCAUCUACUACAACAGAAGGACAAACAUUUACAACAGUUAUGACCGCUAUGAGCACGUCCACAUUAGAAUCAUCUACACUUGAAAGUGGUUCAACACUGGAAACUACAUUAUCCACAACAGGUACCUCUCCAUCUUCACCAUCUACUACAACAGAAGGACAAAAAUCAUCUACACUUGAAAGUGGUUCAACACUGGAAACUACAUUAUCCACAACAGGUACCUCUCCAUCUUCACCAUCUACUACAACAGAAGGACAAAGUACAUCAGAAUUCACUUCAUCAACAACAGAAAUACCUACUUCCAGUGUAGAGCAAACAACAAGCCAGCAAACACAAACCACUCAGUUUAGUUCUACCACAGAAACAGAACCUACAACAGCUCAAUCAGCAUUUACAACAGUUAUGACCGCUAUGAGCACAACGAACAAGUCAUCUAACACAAACCAGUCAGUUUCCUUCUACCACAGAAUCAGAAUCUACAUUGACAGCUCAAUCAACAUUUACAACAGCUAUGUCCCCUACAAGCAUGACAACAUUAGAAUCAUCUACACUUGA